AGGGCUGCUUGGUUUUUGCCCCGUUUAAUUAAAUAGCUUCGCUUCUAUUUGUCCCGAUCUCGAAUUGUGUAAAUAAUUACUUUCUGCUGUUUGAAAACGAUUCUUGCGGGAAGAUAUUAGGUAAAGAGCCGUGGCAACAUGCUGGUUGACUGAAUGAGCGAUCGGGAUCUUAGAAGAGCGUUGUCACCUAAAUGAAGAAUUGCUCCUGAACCGAACGAUUCGGACAGCUACCGGGCGGCCGUGACUGCCAACAGUACUUGGAGUGAAGAGCGAACCAAAAAAGGCAAAAUCAUGUUGAACAAAGGGAAAAAGGGGAAACCCGACCUCAACGACCUCAAGCAGGAGGUCGAUAUGGAUGAGCACAAGAUCACCUUACAAGAAUUGUAUUCAAGACUAGGAACAGAUCCCGAGAAGGGAUUGACCCAAGCUCAAGCGCGGACGGUGUACGAGAGGGACGGUCCCAACUCUCUCUCGCCCCCAAAAAAGACCCCCGAAUGGGUGAAGUUCUGCAAGAACCUGUUCGGAGGUUUCGCCCUCUUGCUCUGGAUAGGCGCCAUCCUCUGCUUCAUCGCAUAUUCCAUCCAAGCUGGCACUUUCGAAGAGCCCCCAGACGACAAUCUGUAUUUGGGUAUCGUGUUAUCGGUUGUAGUUAUUGUUACGGGUUGUUUCUCCUAUUACCAAGAAGCUAGAAGCUCCAAAAUUAUGGAAUCCUUUAAAAAUAUGGUUCCUCAGUACGCUACCAUCAUUCGGGAAGGACAAAAGUACACGAUUCCGGCAGAAGGCGUGGUGGUCGGGGACAUCGUGGAAGUGAAAGGAGGAGACCGGAUACCCGCGGACAUUCGAAUCAUCUCUGCUUCCUCCUGUAAAGUGGACAACUCCUCGCUGACCGGAGAGUCCGAACCCCAAAGCCGAUCACCUGAACUGACCAAUGAAAAUCCUCUAGAGACAAGAAAUUUAGCCUAUUUCUCAACGAAUUGUGUGGAAGGAACCUGUCGCGGAGUCGUCAUCAACACCGGCGACCGCACCGUGAUGGGCCGCAUCGCCAACUUGGCGUCCGGACUGGAGAUGGGCGACACUCCGAUCGCCCGAGAGAUCGCUCACUUCAUCCAUCUGAUCACCGGAGUGGCCGUCUUCCUGGGAUUAGCCUUCUUCAUCACGGCCUUCAUCCUCGGAUACCACUGGCUCGAUGCCGUCAUCUUCCUCAUCGGCAUCAUCGUCGCUAACGUGCCGGAAGGACUGCUGGCCACCGUCACGGUCUGCUUAACUCUCACUGCCAAACGCAUGGCUCUGAAGAACUGCCUUGUAAAGAAUCUGGAGGCCGUGGAGACCCUCGGGUCGACAUCCACCAUCUGUUCAGACAAAACAGGAACCCUUACACAAAACAGGAUGACGGUGGCCCAUAUGUGGUUCGACAACCAGAUCAUAGAGGCUGACACCACCGAAGAUCAGUCAGGUGUGCAGUAUGAUAAAACGUCGCCCGGCUGGAAAGGUUUGUCCCGUGCUUGCUGCCUCUGCAGCAGAGCCGACUUCAAAGCUGGACAAGAAAAUAUUCCCAUCCUGAAAAGGGAAUGUGCCGGAGAUGCCUCAGAAUCGGCCAUCCUCAAGUGCAUGGAACUUGCUGUCGGAAAUGUGGCCGCAUACCGCGCCAAGAACCCUAAAGUCUGCGAAAUCCCUUUCAACUCUACAAACAAAUAUCACGUCACGAUCCACGAGAUCGAAGAAAACAAUGAACGCUGCUACCUCUUGGCCAUGAAAGGAGCCCCGGAGAGAAUCCUGGACCGUUGUUCCACCAUCUACAUCAACGGAGAGGAGAAGGUCAUGGACGAUGAGAUGAAAGAGGCUUUCAACAACGCAUACCUUGAGCUUGGAGGACUCGGCGAACGAGUCAUCGGUUUCUGUGAUUUCAUCCUACCAGCGGAUAAGUUCCCACCCGGCUAUCCUUUCGACGCUGACGAACAGAACUUCCCCCUCUCUGGUCUUCGAUUUUUAGGACUCAUCUCGAUGAUUGAUCCUCCGAGAGCAGCGGUGCCAGAUGCAGUAGCAAAAUGUCGAAGUGCUGGUAUCAAAGUCAUUAUGGUGACUGGAGAUCAUCCCAUCACUGCAAAAGCCAUCGCAAAAGCAGUAGGCAUCAUUUCUGAAGGAAACGAAACUGUGGACGACAUUGCUCAAAGGCUUAAUAUUCCUGUAGAAGAAGUGAAUCCGAGAGAUGCCAAAGCAGCCGUCGUCCAUGGUUCUGAGCUCAGAGACAUGGCCACUGACUACCUGGACAAUAUCCUGAAACAUCACACAGAGAUUGUAUUCGCCCGGACCUCCCCCCAGCAGAAACUGAUCAUCGUAGAAGGAUGUCAACGACAAGGAGCCAUCGUUGCCGUCACAGGGGAUGGCGUGAAUGAUUCUCCUGCCCUCAAAAAGGCCGACAUCGGUGUGGCUAUGGGCAUUGCAGGAAGUGACGUCAGUAAACAAGCAGCAGACAUGAUCCUAUUGGAUGACAAUUUUGCGUCAAUUGUAACUGGUGUCGAAGAAGGACGUCUGAUCUUCGACAAUCUGAAAAAAUCUAUCGCCUACACGUUGACCAGCAACAUUCCUGAGAUCACACCUUUCCUGCUCUUCAUCUUGGCUGACGUCCCGCUGCCUCUAGGAACGGUGACCAUCCUGUGCAUCGAUUUAGGAACUGAUUUGGUGCCUGCCAUUUCACUAGCCUACGAGCACCCCGAGAGUGACAUCAUGAAAAGACAGCCACGUGACCCCUCCAAGGACAAACUAGUCAAUGAGAGGCUAAUAUCCAUAGCUUACGGUCAAAUUGGCAUGAUCCAAGGAGCCGCAGGAUUCUUUUCCUACUUCGUCAUCAUGUCGGAGAAUGGAUUCAUGCCCGGCACACUCCUGGGGCUCCGGAAAGAAUGGGACUCAAAAGCCAUCAAUGACCUCACAGACUCUUACAACCAAGAAUGGACUUACCAUGAUAGAAAAAUUCUGGAAUACACCUGCCAUACAGCUUUCUUUGUUACAAUCGUGAUCGUACAAUGGGCGGACUUGAUCAUCUGCAAGACUAGACGAAAUUCAGUAUUGCAUCAAGGAAUGAAAAAUCAUGUAUUGAACUUUGGACUUGUGUUCGAAACGGCCUUAGCUGCCUUCCUUUCAUAUUGCCCAGGAAUGGACAAAGGUCUUCGAAUGUAUCCUUUGAAGAUCAACUGGUGGUUUCCAGCCUUACCAUUUUCCUUAUUAAUCUUCGUAUAUGACGAAGCUCGUCGCUUCAUCUUGCGGCGCAACCCCGGCGGCUGGGUGGAAAGAGAGACUUACUAUUAAAAUUGCAGACACGCAGGCCGACCGUCGCACCGAUUCAACAACACCAACAAUCCGGCGGCCGACCGGGCCUUCAAAAAAACAACAAAAGAAAAUAAAAAACAAAAAAAAAAUACAAGUUAAUAAAAAGCGUGAGUCAGCCAUCGCGUUGUGUGUGACCCUCCCGCCUUCGAACAUCUUAACGGGGUGGUCAUCCUAGCUCGUACGUAGUCUGGUGCUUUAUAAACGCUAUCGAUGGCUGCCACAAUAUGGAAAUAGGUGUUUUUUCAGCGAAACAGAAGCUUAUAUAUAUAUUAAAAAUGUUAUAUGAGACUGAGAGAGAUGGGGGGGGGGGCUAUUAUAUAUACAUAUAUACAUAAUAUAUAUUUACGUUUUCCGUUCUCUGCAAAACAUAUGAUAAAAAAAAAGUUGUCCAACGAUUUAAAAUUUAUCUAUUUUGAAAUGCUAAAAAGAAAUAUUAUGAUAAAAUGAUUCACACUGCCUGUGUAUGGAGGUGGAGGCGUUUUGAUAUGAACUCAAGACCUUCGAUUUCCGUUGCGCGGAAUUCCGAGGUGAACUAAUUGAUCAUAUCAGAAAUUGAGAGAGUGGAUGUACAGUUAAUCAAUGUUAACUCCGAGUUUUCGCGGCAACACUCGCACCGUGAUGAUGUGCGGAGCAUUUUGCAGUGUUCUUCAAAUGUAUCGCUAUAUGAUCGUUCCCUAUGACCACCCCAUUGGAAUCGUCCCGAAUCAUUCUUUUGUUCCAUUGUUUCCUUCUACCAUUUUUUCCAAGGAAUCGUCGUGUUAAUGUAUGCAGCUCAUAUUUUACAUGAUAUGUGUUUGAAGCAGAAAAAAAAUAGAAUGAUGCAUCAAUGUGCGAUGGACAUUAUCAUGUGCAUUCUCAUUGCCAUUUAUUGCUGAUAAAGAACGAAAAAAGAAAUCGUUUGCUGAGCUCAUUUUUCUUCAAUCAAAUCAAAGAGGUCUUCUUUAGGUGUUGCUGAAUGGCAACACGGAACUGUUUGGAAAAUGUUCGAAGCCGUUUUCUGUUUCCGUUUUGUUUUUCUUCAUUCUUCCUCACAGAGAAGAACACACAGACACUCUCAUUUUCAUUUCGGUAUUGACAAAAUGGCGUCGGUUCAUUGUUCUUUGCUUCAGUAGUCUGCUCUAGCCAAGAGAGUAGCUAGUCAGUUGGUUCGCCUCACUUUGUUUGAGAUAAAUAUUUAAAGAGAAUUCAUAGCCUUUGAAAUAUAAAUAAUACAACUACAACUGCACUCCAGAUAAACUGUGAAAAUAACAAAAUAAAAAGGAAUUCUUGAAUUUCAGAAGAAGAUUAAUAAAAAAAAAGCGAAAAACUUUCAUUAGUUCCACAGAUAUAACAAAUUAGCGAAUUUGGUUGUUAUACUUUCAACGGAAUUCAAGGUUAGAAGUUGGCGAUGCAAAAUCAACAGGCAAUGGUAGCUUCCUAGGAUUGAUUAAUAGUCUAGGAGGAAACGAAUUUUACAAUUUUUACUUUUUAGCGCCAAUCUUCUCACUUGAUUUAGAACGAGAAAGCUUAUUCAUACUCUCACUCCACGUAGAAAAAAUGAAAUAAAAUAAAAUAAAAGUUGAAGCCACUGUCAAAGGAGGAGGGCAAGCAAAAGAACUGUAUUGUAGUUUUUUCCAUUAUUUGUCGAGAAAAAAAAUACAACUGUAGUUACUUAGAGAGCCAAGGGAAUAAAUUACAGAUGUGAUAUAUGUGUUUGUGAGAUUAUAUUUCAUGAUUGUGCUGGCGAGUUUUAAUUUACAAAUAAAGUGAUGACACGGACCACUCGAUUGUCGGUUCCAAUUCUCUUUACAAAAUUUAAAAGGAUUGCAAAUUUCAAUUGCUGAUUGUUAAGAAAUUAAUCAACACACAUGUUUAUCGAAUAAAGUAAUUAUUGAUCCA